GAAAUAAAAUCAGCAAAAUCCAAAUUUUAAUCAUAAUAGUUAUUUCAGAUGUUUGGAGCUCGCGAUCUGUCGCACUAUACAUGUAGUGUUGAUGUAUAUGUUACAGCGUGACACACAUCAGUGAAGUCACCGCGUAACAAGUGAACUUUGUGGCCCUGAAACCGUGGACAGGGGAACAAGCAGGGUACGGUGCGUAAUUAAUUUUUAUUGUAUCGCUAUCACCAGGAAUUUCAAUAUUUGUAAUAAAUCGCAAAGAUAAUCGCGAACGAAGGAGAAAUUGUUUCAACGGUCUUAUUCAACGCACGCCUAGAUGUGACUCUCGAAGAGGAAGUUAGCUGGCAACGUUGAGGAGGAAAUAGAACUGGCUUAUCGAAUAACGUGAAUCAGGGCUGUAUCGGAAAAAGAAGAGCACAUUUCCUGAACUAAAUCAAGGAAUAUAUUCAGAUUAUUUGGAAAAAAACAUUGUCAAAAAAAGAACGAAUUGUUUUCUUCUGGUAAGGACAUCUUGAGAACAAUGGAGGAGGAGCAUUCGUUCGCAGAUUUGAAUUACGAGACCGGGAGUUACUCUCUUAUGGAAAUAAUUCAGAAGUUCCCCCUACCCGUGGUUGUGUUUUGUGAUGCCUCAAACAGUGCUCUUCCCGUAGACAAGACCAGGUUCAACUUAGACCUGAGACAGCCCCUAUUGUUGUACAGGAACAGAAACAUCAGAAAGGUUAGUGCCAGGAGUGUACACAUUGAUCCGGCGACCCGGGCUUUCCAGGAUGUCGGAGAACCAUUGCUCAUCCCCGAGGAUUAUAAAGGGUACUUUUCUUUGUUGAAAAAGAACUACAAUAACGGCCCUGUCGAUGACUUUGUGCCCCACUAUCAGGAGAUCUUGGAAGUCGCAGACACAAACACAGAAACCUUUCUGAUCGGCGGGGAACGACGCGUACAGGCCUUACAGAUCGUGCGCCGCGAAAAUGGAAGCAUUAUUCACCAACAACGAACUCUAUUUCCAGGCGAUGUUCUGCGAAAGGGAAAAAUAUAUAUCGGUGAAAAGAGGAGGAAAAGCAAGUUAUUCAGGAAAACCAAGGUCGUGACAGAAAAGUACCUAUUGUGUACAGAUGAUGCGGAUCGAGAAAUAUUACUACCGUUCGAUCAGAAGGGGCUUUUCUACACAUUAUCUACAAAUUCCGGGGACGCUAAUCGGCCGGUGAUGCAGAUGAGUGACGUGGUGAACAAGAAGUGCUUCCCUUGCAUUGUUCGGCUUGUUUAUGGUCGGAUCCCAAACACGCCGUGUUCCUUCACCGGAACUCUGCGCUUGGAGCGAGCAGAUUUGGAACAAUCAGUCAUCGCAGCAACUUUGGUUAACACAAGAAAUAUUCUUCUCGAAAUUCCCACUUCCUGCGACUUGCGUUUUAAUGUGGCAGUGUCUAAUGACGAUCUUUUCCAUAUGCCGUCAUAUCACCAAGCUUUAGAACUGUGUAAUGAAAAAGGGUCGAUUUAUAUGCGAAACAUAAAAGUCUGUCACACGAUUGAUAGCGACACUCACAAUAAAUGUCCAUUCAAUUUACCGAUGGAACACUCCGAGACCACAGAAGCCGUGAAGCGCCGUAAAGACCUGUCGAUGCAACUCUCUGUUGGAACGGAUGUAUCAGAAGAAAACAGUUUGGGCUCGCAAUCUCGCGCCGAUAGAACCUCUGAUUAUGCAGAGAUGCGAUCCGUCAAAAGUGACUCAUUAACUGAGGACAGCAUGGACGAAGAACUCAAUGGUUUCUCGGUUUUCUCCAAAGAAAUCAACUACAACGAUGAGAUUCCACCCCCGUGUACGUGCACUCCAAAAUUUACAAAUCCAUCAUAUAUGGAGAACUCUGGUGAAUCGCAAUCGGAGAGCACUAAAGAGACAAAUCCGGUCCUUCAAAUUUUCUUGGAUAACAAAUUAUUCUCAGUUGAAAUCGGAACCAAUGAGAGUUCUACCGACCCAUCCGGGGAGCUAAUAGAGCCAAAACAACCUCAAAACCAAGAACCAGCACCCAAACCCUGCAUCGGAUGUGGCGGUGACCUUGAUAGCGGAAUACAAAUGGAACUUGAUGGACAAGGCGGUAGAAGACCUUCUACGCAUGUAUUUUCUGAGGUUGCUCAUAGUCAUAGUGUUGAAGACGACGUCACCUAUGACGUACCCCGUUUGGCUACCAGACGCGUAAGUGCUCCACCAGGCUGUAGCGCAGCCUCGUCCUUUGCUGAAAAUAACAUUGCAAGUCCAAAAGAGGUCUUUAAUCGGCGUUCGUCUACAAGUCCUCGCCGUCCUCCCCCUCCAUUGCCAACAUCGAACGAAGCUACCGCAGACUUCUCAACAAUUGAAUUCGCAAUUGAGGAGUAUGAUUCAGAAGAAGACAAUACUGAACCGCUUUACCAAAACAUCGCGGGUUCGCAAACUAACUUGGAGGAAAUGUGCAGACACCGGGGAAAUAACUCGAGGCAUACACCAGCAAGCUCUCGAUGUUCCUCUACACGUGAUUCUGGACACCUUUCCGACGAAUGUCUGCCAUGUCCCUCUAGCAGGAACUAUGAUAGGGAUCAGUUGUCGCCCAAUAUUUUCAAGUCAGUACCAAUCGGUGAAAUUCCAAAUCUUCCUCGAAGUCGAAGGAAUUCUAUAAGCCCAAGUAUAGACGAUUACCAAAACUCUCCUAUGAAAGUUCCUGCUCUGCCUGCCUCUAAGGGGAUUCGGGGAAACAACAGAUGUGAUAGCCCUCUUUCAGUCGAUUCAACAAAAGACCGUGGACAAAAUGGUUCUAACGAAGAAAAUAACAAUGACAGCAAGUCUUCGGAUGUCGACUUGGCGAGAGCCGAGAGUCCGCGAAUAAACCCGGAGGACUUUGAUAAAACAUUACAGCUGAAUAUUGCAGAGCAAGAAAAUGUGGUAACAAAAGAAUCUAGAGUUCAAGCAGGAUCUGAAGAAAGUCACGAGGAACUGUGUUUAGAGAAUGGUGAAAAUGGUUCCAGGGAAAGGAAUUACUCGGUAUCAUCAUCACAAAGCAUUGAUGCUUCAGACGAUAAUAUAGACGGAAAUGAGGAAAAACAAGUGUCCAGGCGUUACGGGUCUAAAAUCAGACCAGAGAAAAAGAAAUCAAGACAAUCAAAAGAUGUGUCCAAGAUGUCGGCAGAGGAACUGGCUAUUGAAUUCCGACGCGUUGGCAUAAAACAAACGACAAUUGAAUUGGUUCUUAGCUUGAAUCUUAAUGGGAUAGCCUUGUUAGAGAAAUAUCAUAACCAUGACACCAUUGGGGAUUUCUUACCAAGUGCAGGACUAAUCGAUCAGCAAAAAAUCUCCUUGUUUAUUCAAGGAUGUAAAUAUUGAUACUUAAUACUACAGUACACUUGUACAAUGUACACUCAAUUUUAUUAUUUGUAAUCAGGUAGUAAAUGUAAUAAACAUUCUGUAUAGGCUUUCUUGCAUUCUGUGAAUUUCUUUCCCGUCCUCAAACUUGUUCAUGUAUUUUGUUAUCAGAGAACUACACUCUCUCAGUUCUUUUUCAUUUUUCCCUUGACCUCAGUGGCUCUAUUCAUUCCUUAUAGUAGUUUCAUUGAUCAAAGAUCAGAGUACAGUAGUAUACUGUUAAGAAAUACACAAAGGCCUGUGUACAUAGAUAACAUUUAUUACACAGAGCAUCACAAAGAUUAAACAAUUUUUAAACAAAAUCAAUGUCUUUUCAUUGAACUCUUCAACUGUUUACAAAAAUAAGAGACAAAAUCUGUAGGCAUCAAAAUGAGAUUUUUCCCCAAUUUUUUUUAUAAAGAA